AAACACACUUUGUAUCCUUUAAACAGAGAAUUCAAGAAAGCACCGACAAGUGGCAUUGGCUUCACUACUGUGUCACAGGGUGCUUGAAAUUAAAACUCUUAUUUUUGUUGACAGGUUGCAAAACAAUCGAGGGUUACCUUGUUUCCCAAGGUGCACGUGUGCAGAGGUGGAGACUAAGGAGUGCCAUAAAGAGAGUCGAUCACAUUAGUAGGAGGGUAAGGUCUAUGAAUGCCAUCCGUAGACACAUAUAUAACUUACUUUCCUCACUGACCCUCUGGCAUAUGGACGGGAAUCACAAACUGAUACCUGUCACCUAUCUCACUAUUUUGAUGACAUAUUUGUUGCUAUAAUUUAGAUCUCAAUAACUUUGCACCAUUUGUUUUAGGAGCAACCUCCCCCCCUCCCCCCUUCACAAGCUAUUAACAUAUACUUUCGGUUUGCCACUCUAUUCCUUCUCUUCUUAGAUGGCGAUUCGUGGUUCACGGCUGUAUUGACGGUUACAGUCGCUCCGUCGUUUACCUUAGGUGCGAUACGAAUAACACGUCUGACACAGUCUUGCGUUUCUUUGAGGGUGCAGUGUCUGAAUGGGGAUUGCCAUCACGAGUCAGGGGCGACAUGGGAGUUGAAAACAGAGACGUGGCACAUGUUGAGCCAUAUAGCGAGAGGGCCCAGAAGAGGGAGUUACAUCACCGGACUAAGUGAGCACAACUCGCGUAUAGAAAGACUCUGGCGUGAUGUGUACAAGUUAGUCCUGUCCUCAUUUUACGACCUUUUCCUUUCUCUCGAAGCAUGCGGUCAGCUCUAUCCGGACAACGAAGGGCAUCUAUUUUGCCUUCACUUCACUUAUCUCCCAGUAAUCAACGAGGCCCUUUCAAAAUUUGUGCUAUCCUGGAAUAAUCGCAAAAUACGUACUGCAGGAAACAAAAGUCCUUUACAACUGUUCAUACUAGGGAUGCCAGAAAUUGCAGAAGAAAGUGGUAUUGUGGCAUCAGAAUACUUUCAAAGCCUUAUUCAGGUAAACGCAAUAAUGCACAUGAUAGACAAAGUUCCCCAGGCAUUAAAGCCACACAGGUGAACAGUCUCAAGUGGCCUGCACUAAAUAUUGAGUUUUAAUUAACCACCCCUUCAAUUUAAAUACAGAUGACGAGAAGACUUCGCUUGGUGGCGAGUACGUUUGUGGCGAGAUCGUUCCUUGGUGGCGAGUUCGCUGUUGGCGAGUCUGCUUGGUGGCGAGGUAAUUGGAUACCAUCGAAACGAUGCCAAGAUUCCUUGUUUGCAAAGUCAAUUUAAGGCAGUCAUAACCAGUGUUUUGCGGUAUUUAAAUCUCCUUUCAACUAUAUUUCAGAGGGACUUGGAGGGAUACAGUGUGGAUCCUACGGCUUACUUUCAUGACAGCACAGAUGCUGCACUACAGAAUGAGGUUGUUGUCCCCCCAACACGGUGUCCGUUAGAUGCUGAUUCGUUUACGAUUUUUCAGGCAAGCAUGUCAGAAGUCCAAGGCGAAGAUCCAUGGGACAUGUAUCAAUUGGGACUUUUAAACAGUAUAGUAAGUUAA